AUGAGCCGCAAACCGAUGCCAGUGUCAGACAAAGCCGCGGGCAAGCGUAAGGCAACCCAGCCUGAGGUUCCUGACGAAGGCGAAGCCCCACCGCCGUCGCAGCAGGAGCCGCCACGACUGCAUGUCAUGGAACACAAUGCACCGCCGCACGCAGGAUUCCCAGGCCAUGCCAUGGAUUACCUGUUCCCGCCCUCGUCUGCACCUGCAUCAUAUGGUUUCGGACACUCACCUUCGUUAUAUCCUCUCCAUCCUUCUCUCCAUCCGCACCAUGCGGCUCACCCUCCCAUGCCGAAUCCUUACUAUCCUCCGUAUUAUCCUGCUCCUCCUGUCACACAUGCUGCACCUGCCAAUGAAGGUGAACAUGAUGCCGAUGAAGAACAAAACUCACCGGAAAUCAAAGAGGAGUCCGACGACAAUCUGGUCUUCCCCGAGAUCAAGACCAUCCUUGCUGAGACUGCGCCUGCUGCUGGAAAGAAGCGGGCAAGGAAAUCGGCGGGGAAGGGCAAGGCUACAGCUGCUAACCCACCUACUGUACCAGCUCAGACUCACGCCGCCGUCCCAGCUGCUGGUAGUCGCCGAAAGCCUGCGGCGCCAGCACCAAAGCGCGGAGGCCGGCAGCCAGGUGCAACGGGUUAUGGCGACGCUGACCUCACGGAAAUGCUACGUCUUGUUCGGGAGGUUCUCCCUCUAGGCCCUGAUGAGUGGGUGACCAUUGUCUCACGAUUCAACAAAUGGGCGCGGACGAAUAAUCGUGGCGAGCGCCAGGUAAAAGCAUUCCGUUCAAAGUGGGACGCGAUUGUCCGCACUCCCAAGCCGACGGGUAGGGCAGAAGUCCCAUGGUUUGUCGAGGAGUCGUGGGAGAUCAACGACCUCAUUGAGCAGCGUGCUCAUGUUCGGCCACUGAACGAUGCGAGGAUUGACGGUGUCGAGCGUUCUGAAAUGGAUGAGCGCGACAUCAUCGAGAUUGAAGACACCGAUGAUGAGGAAGAGGCGAAGCGCUAUGUCGUCCGCAAGAAGGCAAGGGUGGACACGUCUACAAGUGCGGUCCCGGCAGUUGCCGGAGCCCGCCAGACGCGCGCAGGCAUAUCGUCUAACCUUGUCACCUCCAUCGCAUCCGCAUUCAAUCCAGCUGCUCAAACAGCCCGCGAUGAAGCCCGUGCUGCUCGUCAGCAUGAGAACACCUAUCUUCAGGCUAUGCUCUUCGAACUUCGUGACGCACGCACCCGGAACGAAACCCUCUCGGAACGCCUUGCAGAACAAACACGACGGGGAGAUCGCCUCGAGGAUGAGCUCCGCCGACGCGAUGAAAGUCAAGCCAUUGCUGCACGCCAUGCAGUGAGGGCUCCUGAUCUCCAUCGCACUCUCAUUUCGCCAUCGCACAUAGUUCCUAGUGCUUCGGGUUGGUAUCCGAGUCAUCAAGGUCACCAGUAUCGUAGCCCCUCUCCAGACCGUGCAGCCAUUGCAGCACUCGCAGCACUCGCUCGUGAGGAAGCUGGCCAGGCGCACGUCCCCCUACACUCUCGCGCUGACCGUGCACAAGGCCCAGCUGCAGCUACAUCGGGCACGGGUCUUCACAUGCACGAGGCAACAGAUGUUGCGAGCUCCGAGCUAGCACUGGAGACGUCGUACGACGUCACCGUCACUCCUCGAAAACGUCGGGCUCAACGUGAAGGCGAAGACGCUUGA